CGCAACCAAACCAAUCUACGGAUCACGUGACUGCAGUGAAAGCGAACAGCGUCCUCCGAGUGUUUAGCUAGCUAGCGUUAGCUGCCCGAGUACAGGCGAGGAUUACAACCCGUUCUAGGUGAAGAAAGAUCCAAUGACAACCACGAAUUAUGUUUGAAAACUUCCGAGAACGACUUCACAUGGUCCAGCAGGACUUCACAACGGGUUUCAAGACUCUUGGAGACAAAUCAAGAGACACCAAAGUCAGGAGGAGAUCCAGGUUAGAAGAAAAAAACCCUCCUCAUUUCAGCGCUGGACUGGACAUCCUCAGCAGGUAUGAGGAGAGCUGGUUUGUUCUCCAUAGGAGGACUAAAGACUGUGCUCAGGCUGCUGAGACAGUAGACGGGGACAUAGUGAUGCUCUCAGCCCACUGGGAGAGGAGAAGAGCAGCUCUGACACAGCUGCAGGAACAGCUGCAGAGCGUGCCGGCCUUCAUCAGUGAACUGGAUGCCAUUACUGCUAACAUCGCUCAUUUGGAAGGCGACUUUGAGGAGAUGGAGAGCCGGCUGGUCUACCUGGAGACUCUGUGCUGUCAGUGUGAGCAGCAGACAUCCAAACAGCAUCACAUCAACCAACUGGAAGUCUACAAGAAAAAGAAGAGGAGGGAGCUGGAGGCACUGGAAGUGGAGCUGAAUUCCGAGCAUGCCCAGAAGGUGGCCGAGGUGGAGCAGGCCACGCAGCAGAAACUGAGAGAACGACAGAAAGUCUACGAAGAAGCCUUUAACCAAGACAUGGAGCAGUACCUGUCCACCGGACAGCUGCAGCACAGAGAGCCAAGAGCAGCUGAUGAGGGUGUUCUGGAUCAGAUGACAGUCAGCAACAUCUCAGACCUGGAGGCUUUGGAUGACUUCCUCAACUCCACUGCUGAUGACAUCAGUACAGGAUCAUCGCUGACCUCAGGUCCAGACCUCGAGUCCUGCUCCUCUGAAUCUUACAUAAGCCAAACAAUCCCAGCCCCUCCCACACACAACCACCCGUCCAACCAGGACGCAGCGUGGGAGCCUGAAGACGAAGUGGCCAGUGAGGAGAGUGAUGAACCUCUGGUGCAGUCGGACGAAGAGGACGUUCAGCCCGAUGUGAUACUGGUCGCCACCGUGAGGGGCUCCGACGACAGUGACAAUGCAGGGGACAUGCCCUCUGGGUAACUUAGCAACAAGACGACCCCUGGUACUCCGUGAAUGCUGGGUAAACACUGCACCACAACCCGUCACACAGCUGCCAUCUCCAACCAACACAGGUCCACAUUUCAGUGCUGCUUUCCUCUGAAGGCUGAGGGCAGCAAACUGACACCAAAACAUUGGAAGUGCCUCUUGGGCUGAGCUGUCAGCUGUCAAUCAGUAAUGCAAAGU